AUGAUUAACAGUGAUAACAAAAGUAUGGACGAUAAUAAGGAGAGUAUUUCGAAAGAAUACAAAACACAUGAUAUGAUGAUAGAAGGAGAAAAAGAAAGAAAGAACAAGAUAAUAAAAGAAUAUAUAAAAAAUAUGAAUGAAGAAGAUUUCUUAUAUCUAAGUGAACAUUUAAAAAUAAGAGUAGAUAAUGAAAUAUUUAUGUCUCAAGAAUUAAAUGACUAUAUUAAUAAACAUAUUGAUAUAAUAUGUGAAUUACAUUUUAAAAACUUUAGAUAUCCUAAAACUCAUAUGAAAAAGGUCUUUAUCGAUCUUACCUUGAAACUUAAAUAUUUAAGACAUUUGGAAUAUUUGAAAAGAAAAAAAAAAAAAGAUAAAGAAAAUAAAAGUAAAAGUAAAAAGGAAAAAAACAAUAAAAAUGAAAAGGAUGAUGAAAUGGAAAAUAAAAAAAAUGAUGAAAUGGAAAAUAAAAAGGACGAAGAAAUAAAUGAAAAUAUGGACAAAGUCAUGGAAAAUCAAUUAAAUCAAAGUAAUAUAUAUAACAAAGAUACAAUAAGAAAAAACACAAAUAAUUUAAAAGAUCAAAAAGAUGUAUCUAAUAAAAAUAUAUUAGAUGAUAAUAAAGAUAUAGUUGAAUUAAAAUUACAAGAUAUCUCAUCAGGAUACUCUGAAACAUCUUGUAAAUCUAUAAAUUCUAUAGAAAAUGUAAAUUCUUCAUCAACAUCGAGCUGUGAUGAUGAUAGUAGCUUUUUAUUUUCUUGUUCUUCUGAUUGUGAUGAAGAAACAUCGGACGAAGAAAUUUUGUCAACAAUAAGUUUUGAUAAAAAAGAAAUGUCUACAUUAAAAAGUUUGGAAAAAGCUAAAAAUGUAUAUUUUGCUUAUAUAAAUAAGAAAUUUAAAAAAUAUAAUAUAUUAGAUCAUUUUAAUAUGAAUUUCCUUGAACGAUUAAAUUAUUAUUUUGGUAAUAUAACUUGGAAAGAUAAUAAUUUAAAACAAAUAAAUGAAUAUGAAAAUAGAAUAAAAGAAUUUUUGUCAAAUGAAGAAAAUGUGAAAAAAAUUGAAUUAAAUCAAAGUAAAUUAAGAUCUGAUAUUUUAAAUUCCAUGUUUGGAUUCCAUAUUAUUAAUGAAACACAUCCAAUGAAAUUACCAAUAAAAAAUAUGAACAACUUAUCUUAUCAAAAUACAAACGUAGAUAAUAUAUAUGCUUAUAAAUCAAACACAAAUAAAUAUCGUGUGCACACAAAGCUUAAUCAGCUAUAUGAAACUAAUGACAAUAUAAGAAAUAUGAAUUAUUAUAAAACUAUUGAAUAUAUGAAUUCUGAAAAUAAUAUAAAAAAUAUGAACAUUUUAAAUGAAUGGACAAAUUUUAUGGAUCAAAAUAUAAACAUUGAAUCAACAUCUCCAGAACAGCAUAAAAAAGGAAAUAGAAAAAAAAAAAUUAACACAAAAAAAUUAUAUCACAAUGAUAACAAUAAUAAUAAUAAUAAUUAUAAUAAUAAUAAUAAUAAUAAUUGUAUAUAUGGAGAACAUCAUAAUGUGAAACAUAAAAAAAAAAAAUCAACAUCUAAAUCCAAACACAUUUUUAGGAGUAAUGAAGUAUCCAUACAUUUUAAUGAUGAUAUAAAAAAAAUUGAACAUGUUGCAAAAAAGGAAUUACAAGAAUAUAUCAAACAAAUUCAUAACAAAUCAAAAAUUCAUAACAACAUAUCUAGUUUGAAACAAUAUAUGUUAAUUACAAAUUGGAAAGAACUAACUAAACAUAAUAAUUACAUGACCUUAUUAUCUGAAGAAAAAAAAAGGAAUUCCAAAAUAUUGGCAAACUUAUGUUAUAACCAAAUGAAAGCUAUAGAUCAAAAAAGGAAAAUGAUCUUAGAAAAAGAAGAAAGAGAAAGAAUGAAAUUAUUAAAAGAUAAUGAUAUAGAAGCUUAUAUGAAGUUAAUUAAAACAGCUAAAAAUAAACGUUUACAAGAAUUAUUAGAUGUAACCGAACAAUUUUUAAAUAAUAUGUCCAAAUGUGUUUUAUACCAAAAAAAAGAGACAUAUCAAGAAUCAUCAAAACAAAACUUCCAUGGUGUUAUAAAUCAUAAAAAUGAAGACAAUGAAAAAUGUCAUAAAAAUUAUAAUUCGAAAGACAAUAAUAAUAUUCUUCAAAGUGUACAUAAUUUAACAACACAUGGACAACAAAAUGGAUAUAACAAUAUAAAAGGAUAUGACACAAUGUCUGAACAUAAUGAAAACAAUACAAAAAUAGGUAAUUAUAAGAAUGCUAGAGAAAAUUAUUAUAAUAUUUCUCAUGUUGUUAAAGAAAAAGUAAAACAACCAUCCAUUCUUAUAGGUGGAGAAUUAAUGAAAUAUCAACUAGAAGGUUUAGAAUGGCUAGUUUCUUUAUAUAAUAAUAAUUUACAUGGUAUUCUAGCCGAUGAAAUGGGUUUAGGAAAAACUAUACAAACCAUUAGUUUAUUUGCAUAUUUGAAAGAAUUUAAAAAUAAUAUUAACGUUAAAAAUUUAAUUAUUGUACCCUUAUCUACACUUCCUAAUUGGAUUAGCGAAUUUAAUAGAUGGUGUCCAUCCUUGAAUGUUAUAACAUACAGAGGAAAUAAAUUAGAAAGAAAACAUAUUGCUAAAAAAUUAUUAGAACAAACCUUUGAUAUAUGUAUUACUACAUUUGAUUUAGUUAUAAAAGAGAAAUCAUUUUUAAUGAAAAUAUCAUGGAAUUAUAUAGUUGUUGAUGAAGGACAUCGAAUGAAAAAUAAUAAAUCACGUUUUCAUGUAUUCUUAUCAGAAUUUAAAAGUAAAUAUCGUAUACUAUUAACUGGAACUCCAUUACAAAAUAAUUUAUCAGAAUUGUGGUCUCUUCUUAAUUUUCUUUUACCAAAAAUAUUUUCUUCAUGUGUAGAUUUCGAAAAAUGGUUUGUUAAAUCAUUACAUAACGAAAAAGACGUUUAUGAACAUAUUACAGAAGAAGAACAACUUUUAAUUAUAAACAGACUACAUAGUGUACUCUUACCUUUUAUGUUAAGAAGAGUUAAAAAAGAUGUUCUAAAAUCAUUACCCAAAAAAUAUGAAUAUAAUAUACAUAUUGAAUUAUCACUAUAUCAAAAAAUAUUAUAUAAACAAAUACAAACCAAAGGAUUCAAACAAGUUAAUCAUAAUGGAUCUAUAACAACAAAAAUAUUUCAAAAUAUUGUCAUGCAAUUAAGAAAAAUUGUUAAUCAUCCAUACUUAUUUUUAUAUGAUUAUAACAUUGAUGAAAAUAUAAUUAAAUGUAGUGGCAAAUUUGAAGUCCUUGAUCGUAUGCUACCCAAACUUUUGAAAUUUAAACAUAAAGUCCUCAUAUUCUCACAGAUGACAAAACUUAUGAACAUUCUAUGUGACUACCUUGAAUUUAGGGGAUAUAAAUAUCAUAGACUGGAUGGAAACAUUGGACUCCAAGAGAGAAAAAAAAUUAUCGACCAAUUUAAUAAUAAUGUGGAAUAUAAGAAGGAUGAAGGAGAACAGCCAAAUUGUGAAAUGCCAGGUAAUGAAAAUAUUAAAAUGAUAAGUAAUGAAAAUAUGAACAAGUCAGGUAAUGAAAACAUGAACAUGUCAGGUAAUGAAAAUAUGAACAUGUCAGGUAAUGAAAAUAUGAACAUGUCAGGUAAUGAACAUAUUAAAAUGAUAAGUAGCCAAAAUGAAAAAGAUACGAGUAGCCAAAAUGUUUUAAUUUCGGAGAGUCAAAAUGAAAAAGGUACGAGUAGCCAAAAUGUUUUAAUUUCGGAGAGCCAAAAUGUCAAAAUAUCCGAACUCAAAAAGGAAGAAAUUAAUGAUUUCCAAAUUAUGGACGACAAAAACGUCAAUGGCGGAAACGAAGAUGCAAUGAUAUUUAUUCUGUCUACAAGAUCAGGAAGUUUGGGUUUAAAUUUACAGACAGCUGACACGGUAAUAAUAUUUGACAGCGAUUUUAAUCCUCAUCAAGAUAUUCAAGCGAUGUGUAGGUGUCAUAGGAUAGGUCAGAAAAAUGUGGUGAAGGUAUUUCGAUUUAUUACACUAUCAGGAGUAGAGGAGUUGGUUUUUAAAAAGGCUCAGCACAAGCUGAGUAUAAAUGAUAAGGUAAUUCAGGCAGGUUUGUUUAAUAAAAUAUAUAAUGAUGAGGAUAGGCAGAAUAAAUUGAAGGAUAUAAUUCAAAGAAAUCAAAAAAAUGAUAUGACAGCGCAUCCUACCAAUCCAUUAUUAUUAAAUUAUUAUAUGAAGAGGAAUGAAGAAGAAUUAGAAUAUUUCCUCGAUUUCGAUAAACGUUAUUUUGGGGAGCAAUAUUUUUCAUUAUUAAAUACUUUGAAUGUAGAAAAUGUAGAUAGUGGACAGUUUACUUAUAUGAGUGAAGAUGAGAAGGAAGAAAGUGAAACAUAUUUGAGCUCAAUUAUAAAAAAGGAAAAGAAGGAAGAGGAGGGAGAAGACGAUGAGGAAGAUCAAAGGGAUAGGAAUAAAGAAGAAGAUAAAGAUGAAGAUGAAGAUAAAGAUGAAGAUAAAUAUGAAGAUAAAGGUGAAGAUAAAGAUAAAGGUGAAGAUAAAGAUAAAGGUGAAGAUAAAGAUAAAGAUAAAGAUAAAGGUGAAGAUAAAGAUAAAGAUAAAGAAGAAGAGAAAAAGAGAAAACAUAUAUUGAAUAAUCAUAAUAAUGAAAUAAAAAAUGGAAGUAGUAUAAAUGAAGGAGUUAAAGGGAAAAUAUUGGAUGAAUAUUGUAAUAAUAAUACGAAAUGCGUAAAGGUAUCAAACGGCCGAUUAAUAUUUAAAAGAAAACAUGAUACUGAUGAUUUACAAUGUGAAGAUGAAAAAAUAAAAGAAAAUGAAGAGUAUGAUGUGGAUAAUAUAAUACAAAAUAAGAAUAAUAAAAGGUUAAAAAUGGAAUAUCAAAAGGAUGAUAAGGAUGAUGACAUAAAUAGUAAUAUACAUGUGGAUGAAAAAAAAAAAAAAAAAAAGAUUUACAUGUCAAGUGAGAAAGAUGAUACAAAGGAAUAUUCAGAUACCCAUGAUCCAUAUAUAAAUGACAAGAUGCAAGUAAAAGAUGAAGAAGAUUAUUACGGUUUUAUUUUAAAAGAAGAAAAUCAAAACGAUAUAGAAAAGAUAUUAAUUAAAAGUAAUAAAUUAAUAAAUAAAGAUGAAUUACCAGCUUAUUUAUUUUAUGAUGAUACAAAUGAUUCUCCAGAUAAGAUAAAUCUUAAGAGGUCACGAAAAGUAAUAAAUAUUAAUUUGAUGCAAGAAGAGAAAUUAACAGAAAAGCAAUUUCUUAAAUUGAUCGAUUCAUCAUCACCUAAAGUAUUAUCAAGUGUGGAAAAAGAUUUAGGUAGAAAUAAAAAAGAUAUAGUAAAAUCUGACGUGGAACAUAACAAUGAUAUAACAACAAUAGAAAAAGUAAAAGAUAGAGAAGAGAUAAAAGAAGAACAUCUUGAGGAAACAAAAAACACAUCAUCAUUAAAUAUAAACGAUUUAGAAAUUAAUAAAACUCUAACAAACGAAAAUGUUCAUAGUACAAAAAAAAGUCCUUAUAAUAUGAGAAGUUCUAAAAGAAGAAGUGACACUUCAUCAACGUAUAUGGAAACAAGUAUAAGAAAGAGAAAUGAGAAAGAUAUUCACAUAUGUUUCAAAAAAGGAAAUGUCUUAACAAAGGGAAAAAAAAGAAAUAAUAGUAUGGAGCAAACUAAACAAGAAUGUCAUGUGGAUGAUGAAAAUAAGAAAAGAGUUAAAAAGAGAAAAGGUUCCCAGUAA